AUGAACCAGUUGAAUGUUAAAGCUGCUACGUCGCUGACGUUUUCUCAUAAUAUAUCAAAAAAGCUGAAAGCAAAAACCUCGACAACGGGAUAUGUUGAGGCGACGUAUGAAGUCGAGGACCUGGAAAAGACUAGGAAAGUAAAAAUAAAUACACAAAGUAACAAAAAAUUACCAUCCGAUAUGUCAUUGCUCAAGUUGAGCUUCAUUUAA